AUGGCCAAGGUUCUUCAUAUGACUGUUCAGGAAAUGGACAAGAUUGAAAAACAGAUUCAACUUCAGGAACAUGCUCCUGAAUCAGAUAAAGAUGGCUUCUGUACACAAUGGAGUAUUAGGUCUAAUAAUCCACUAAAGGAAUAUCAGGAUGAGCAGAACAGCAAUUGUCACUCAAAGAAGAUUGAAAGAGAAGAAAAGAAGCUUGUGUCAUUUGAUGAUGUGGCUGUGGACUUCAGCUGGGAGGAGUGGCAAGACCUGGAUCAUGCUCAGAGGACCCUGCAUAGAGAUGUAAUGCUGGAGACCUACAGCAACCUCUUGUCCUUAGGACACUGUGUUCCUAAACCUAAAUUGAUUGCCAAGCUGGAGCAAGGUGCAGAACCAUGGAUAAGAGAAGCCUCAGACAAGAAUCUCACAGAUGUCCAAGAAAAGGAGUACAGGACUAAGACCUGUCAGAAGAGUCCCUAUGAUUGUCUGUCUGAAGUCGGAGUCAUGAAUACUAACACAGGGGAGAAAAAUGUGAAAUUAGUAACAACUUUUAAUUUGAGAUCAAAACCUAAGUCAGAGCUGAUUAGGAAUAAUAGGAACUCCUUAGGGAUAAAGACAGAGGAGUUCAUGCAGUGUCAGAACAUGCUUCUCCAUGGUGAGCCUGACGGGAUGUGUGCUACUUAUAGUCCUGGAGUAUCUCCUGUAGUUAAAGAAUCUAACCAAUAUAGACAUUCUUUCACCCGGAAGACACACCUUACUGUCCAUCAGAGAACA